AUGGAAAAUCAAACUGUAUCUGAAUUCACACUGCUAGGACUCUCUUACCUCCCAGAGCUUAAACACCAGGUCUUUGUUAUGUUUCUCCUUGUUUAUUUUAUGACCCUUUGUGGGAAUCUUUUGAUUGUGGUUCUUAUUUUUACUGAUAACCAUCUACACACCCCAAUGCACUUAUUUCUUGGACACCUGGCUGGCGUGGACAUCUGCUAUUCCCAAGUUACUUGCCCACGAAUGCUCUUGGACUUCUACUCUGAGAAGAAGACCAUAUCCUAUAGCUCUUGCUUGACCCAAGCUUUUUUCUUCAUGUGCUUUGCUAGAUGUGAGUGCUACCUUCUGGCUGUGAUGUCCUAUGACAGAUAUGUUGCUGUUUGUCAGCCUCUGCAUUACUUACAUAUUAUGAGUUGGAAAAGAUGUACCCAGCUGAUUACUGUUGUAUGGGCAUUAGGGUCAAGCUACUCUUUAAUGGAAAUACUAUUCACAUUGAGGUUGACAUUUUGUGGUCCAAGCACCAUCCAUAAUUUUUUUUGUGACCUUCCCCAGUUGUUGACCCUUUCAUGUACAGAUACGUCCCUCAACAUGCUCCUACUGUUUGUGUUGGGAGGUAUAAUAUCAUUUUGUGCUUUCUUCACCACUUUCUUGCCAUAUGUCUACAUUUUCUACACAGUCCACAGGAUCCAGACAAAAAACAUCAAACUUAAAGCCUUCUCCACCUGUACGUCCCACCUUACCGUGGUUUGUAUUUUCUAUGGAACCCUGUGCUUUGCGUACCUUCACCCACACUCAAGAUAUUUUGAUGCAGACAUAGUGGUGGCGGUUGUGUAUGCAGCAAUUCUGCCCUUACUAAAUCCCAUAAUCUACAGCCUGAGAAAUGGGGAGAUCCAAAGUGCUUUAGGAAGGAUAAAGAAAAAAUAUGUUUGA